UACCCCUCAAAAAUCAAUAUAAAGAUAAGUAUAGUGUGAUUUUAGCGAUUUUAACAUACACGUUCAUUAAAACCUCCCACACUUUGCUCUGGACAAGACGUAACGUAGAGUAGCGGUCAGAAUAGUGCGAUAAAAAGUACCCAUUGAGUCGAGCAGCCCUGAAGACCCAAUCAAAAACUUCACGCCCUGCUUCAGUCACGCGUCGACCACCAGGGAAGGAAGUCACGUCACUCUGCACUGAAGCUUGACAUCUCAACUCGCUCUCUGAUUUGAUUAACAAGAGAGAAAUAGAUAAAACGAAGAUGACGGAGGACAGCCAGGCAACGCUGCAGCGCGAGAUGGACGCAGAGGAGAUGCGCCAAGUUAACAAGAUGCUGCGAAAAGACAUGAACUACUUCGUAUCGGGGCUGCACGUGGCUGUCAAGUGCAUCCUGACGGCGAUCGAUGCUGUCAAGGACCGAUAUUCAGAGGACGACAAACAGACAUCAGCCUCAGAGGAAGAAAGAGACACACAGCCAUGCCUUAAAGUGGAGGAAGGAGACAAACCCGAAGCUGAACAGGAGGAGCCACUGGAACAAACACAGGAGGAGAAGGAUGGAAACGAUAUAUCCAGUGAGCUGAUGAAGUCCCUCAACAACACUCUGGACGACCUGAAACAAGCCGAGGACAAGGUGUUUGAAAUGGGCUGCCAGGAACACGAGGAGACAGAGGCAGGACAGCCCUCAGGGGACUCCUUUUGCUACCUGGAGUUCAUGUCGGAGUUCAUAGCACACUUCCGGCAAAAUGUCUUGGAGUCAUGCCGGCAGUUUCUGAGCAUGGAGGCGCAGAAAGUGGCCCUGCUGCACGCGAGGAAGGAACUCAAGGACCUUCGUUUCGAUCUCUCCAGUAGUCCCAGCAAGGCAGCCACCCCCAAAGUCAGCUCCACGGUCACCGCUGCCUCGAGAACAACAGCUCAGAGAAUCAAUGUAGAGGCCAGAGCUCCCUCCAGCACCGAAACCACUCUUAAAAUAGAUGGUUCUGAGGACAACAUCCCUUCACACACAGCAGCUGCACAAGAUGAUGGUGAAAUGGAUACUUCUGAGGUCAGCAUCCCUUCACACACAGCAGCUGCACAGGAUGAUGGUAAAAUAGAUGCUUCUGAGGACACCAUCCCUUCACACACAGCAGUUGCACAGGAUGAUGGUAAAAUAGAUGCUUCUAAGGACAGUAUCCCUUCACACACAGUAGCUGCACAAGAUGAUGGUAAAAUAGAUGCUUCUAAGGACAGUAUCCCUUCACACACAGUAGCUGCACAGGAUGAUGGUAAAAUAGAUGCUUCUACGGACAGUAUCCCUUCACACACAGUAGCUGCACAGGAUGAUGGUAAAAUAGUUGCUUCUGAGGACAGUAUCCCUUCACACACAGCAGCUGCACAGGACAAUGGAGACUCAGAAGACAAAACAUCUUCAGAGACAAGAUCAGCAGCCACGGAGGGAAGCAUCACUGAGGACACACCUUCAGUGGACACCAAAGCCACACCACAGAAAGGAGAUGCCAACACCACCACUCCCUCUGAGCCAAAGGAAAGCACUCAGCAGGGUGAUGACAAAGGCGCCUCCCCAAACAUGAAGGUGACACCACAAAAAGAUGACUCCGCAGCCUCAGCCACGGAAGUCACUCCAGAACAGAAAUAUCCGGAAGCCCAAGUUGUUCUUGACGAUGAAGUGUUUGACUUUGUGUCGCCUCUGGGAAUGACUAGGAUGUUUGGCACCCAGUAUGAGGACUCCAAGAUUUCGUUCUUGCCACCUUCUCCAGCUCACCAAACAAUUGAUUCACCCACAAAGACAUAAAGAGGUAUAAGAUGUUGAGGUCAGGCCAGUAGGUGGUGAGAAUCAGUUUUAUUUUGCCAACUUUUAGAUAGCUGGUGCUGUUUUUGACAGAUGAAUGGAAAGUUUUCAAUAUUAUGUACCAUUUGAAGAGUUUUAUUCCAGGAUAUCUGGCUGCAUGAAACUUAUUUCCAGCGAUGUGUUAGUCUAAGUAGAUUAUGAAAAGGAUUUCUCUACUUUUGCCUUUACCAUUUUCAUUUUAUGUUGUUUUACUUUGAGAAAGUAGUAAGUGUGAGGUAUAGGGUGUAAACAACUAUGGAUACAAUACCAACAUAAGUUAGCUUCAGAGGAAUUUCUUUAUUAAAAAAUUAACACAAUGAGCAGAUGCACAAUGGAUAUUCCUUGCGUGGUUAAAAACAUUUCUGUUAACUGCAAAACCCAUUAGAAACAUUCCCAGUAGGAAAAUUGUGCAUACCAUUUGCUAAAUCUUACAGUAGUAUAUGCUGUCUUUUAUAUAUAUUUACCAUUAUAUACCAUAUGUACAUUUUUGAGACCUUACCAUAAACAGGAAAUACAGAACUGGUUGAAAAGAUGAUGUAGACAAGAGCAUAAAUAAAGUAUAAAAUGUCA